CACCAAAAGCAUCACGCAUGACCAGAGUCGAGCCGCCCAGUCGUAGUUGUUCCGCCACGGACGGUUGCUAUUCUCGUAAGAGGUGAGAUCGAAGCAGUCACGCAUAUCCGUCUCCCGCUCUCCAAUCACCAAUCACAUUCAGUCGGAGCCAAGCAGCAGGUGCUUGAUCCAAAAGUCAGGGACCUGAGGAUGAACGCGGCCGUCAGUGCGGCGGUGUGGGUGGUAGGCAAGGCGCUGGCCCAAGUUUCGGAUGGAUUGCUGGAGAGCUGGGCGUCCAGUGACAGUCUCGACCCCAACAUCAGCGCCCUCAAGAGGCAGCUGUUGCGUGCGCAGGGGAUACUCUACACCGCGCACGACAGAGAGUUCAUCACCCACCCUGCCCUCAAGGAGCUGCUGCACGUGUUGCGGCAGCUCGCGGACGGGGCCGACAAUGUGCUCGAUGAGCUGGACUACUUCCGCAUCCACGACAAGCUCGACAAUAUCUAUGAUGCCGCCGAUAGCCAUCCCGAGGGUUGCAUCUGUUAAACACAUAUUCAUGUCAUGUUGGAGUCCAGACUUGGCACACAAGGAGAUGUCCAGGAGAUAGACUAGGUUGUUAGACAAGUAGUUCAAUAUCUUGUAAAUCUCUUAUCUCUUUAUCUCUUCCUCCCCAAGUUGUAAUCUUCUCCAACAAACUUGUAUGCGCUAUUUGCCAGAGAGGUGCGCCCCUGCAGCCUAUAACAUGCAACGCGCCCCCUCACAUCGAGGGUAAGACGCUUU